AAUCAGUUUCUCAAGCAGUUAGGUAUACAUCCUGACUGGCAAUUUGUAGAUGUUUAUGGUAUGGAACCAGAACUGCUUAGCAUGGUGCCAAGACCUGUCUGUGCAGUCCUACUUCUCUUUCCGAUAACAGAAAAGUAUGAAACCUUCAGAACAGAAGAAGAAGAGAGAAUAAAAGCCAAGGGGCAAGAUGUCAAAUCAUCAGUGUAUUUCAUGAAGCAGACCAUUAACAAUGCUUGUGGAACAAUUGGGCUAAUUCAUGCUAUUGCAAACAACAGAGAUAAAAUGAACUUUGAAACUAAUUCUUCACUGAAGAAGUUCCUAGAAGAUUCAUUAUCUAUGACUCCGGAAGAGAGGGCCAAAUAUCUAGAAACUUAUGAAGCUAUUCGUGUCACUCAUGAAUCCAGUGCCCAUGAAGGUCAGACCGAGGCACCAAGUAUAGAUGAAAAAGUAGAUCUUCACUUUAUUGCAUUAGUUAAUGUAGGUGGUCAUCUCUACGAGUUGGAUGGGCGCAAGCCAUUCCCAAUAAACCAUGGGGAAACUAGUGACGAUUCUUUUUUAGAGGACGCAAUAGAAGUUUGCAAGAAAUUCAUGGAACGUGACCCAGAAGAAUUAAGAUUUAAUGCAAUUGCACUGUCUGCAGCUUAAAAGCCUUGUCCAGUGGGGCUAAUCUAUUGCAAUGUAUUGUAAUGACAAAACUGUUGCCAUAUGUUAAUAGUACAAAUUUUGAUACUUCCCUAACCUGUUGAUUAAUUGUAGCAUACGUGGAAUAAACUUUGCAUUUGUCCUUGCUAUA